AUGUUGGGAAGUAUAGGAUAUUUCAACGGAAACCAAUCGGUUACCUCACCGGGUAUGGCAUCACCCAAAUGGUACGGGCCGUUAGAAAUGUUAUCAGCCGUUCCCUCGCGACCAGUGUUUCCGCGGCCUUUCCUAUGGGACGACGGCUUUCAUAAUCUGGUGAUUCAGCGGUGGAACAGUUCGCUGACACUGAAGAUAAUGAACUCGUGGUUUAAUAUCAUGAAUAUUGACGGUUGGAUUCCCCUGGAGAUUGUCAUCGGGAGUGAGUCGGUUGCAAAACACGGCACAAUCCAUACACAACCAGAUACUGACUCUAACCCGCCGUCCUUUCUAUUAACCAUCGAUACAAUUAUGAGAAACAAACAAAUGGAUGUCCAGUCCCUAAAGGAUAUAUACCCGAGACUUAAGGCAUGGUUUCACUGGUAUAACACUACACAAAGUGGUGAACUGAGCAGUACUUAUAGAUGGAGGGGUAGGGGUGCUAAUAAAGAUAACCGAGAAUUAAACCCUGACACUAUGUCCUCUGGACUCGAUGACUACCCCCGGGCCACACAUCCCACUGAUAAAGAAUACCAUUUAGACCUUCGCUGUUGGAUAUGGUUGGCCGCGGAUAUCAUGUCACGUAUAGCCAAUGUUGUUGGAGACUCUCACAUGAGUGGUCAAUACAUAGAGACUGCGGACUUGUUGGCCGACAAUAGCCUAUUAGAGAGACUUCAU